GUACAGAGUGUUGACWAAAAUCUAUCACUGCAGUCACAUGGCUACUAUAAACAGUGUUUUAUGGUGUUUUCAGCGUUUUUCCUUGCAUGUGUGGCUUCCAAAGGCAGUCUGAAAUAAGUAUUUACAAUACAAGAUACKAAAACAAGAUAUAUGUGGUAAGAAUCUUCCCGCUUCGACAUUUUCCGUGUAUGAUGUAAAUAUUUGCCUCGUAUAUUCGAUCGUAUUGGCUCGACUACGAAGAGUUUGGACGUUUGUUGUCAUUAUAGUUAGCUACUUUGGGAAAAUCGCGAUUAUAAUGUUGUCAAUGAUCAUCUAAGAAGUACAAGUUGGUGUUUAAAAGGCAAACGGUGAUGGGUUUCCUUGGCAUAUGUAUUGGGCUAUUCCGGGAAGUGGCCAGCGUGACGCAGAAUUCUCAGAACCUGACUUCCAGUAAAAGUUUGUUCUCCAUUCUGAGAAAUGUUCUUAACCAAAUGAUUCAUACUUAGAAAAGUGAAGGCAGUUCUUUAUGAAAGCCCUUAUUCUGAUAUGGUCUUUACAAAUGUGUAUGGAUGAAAUAGGUGAUCGUACCCAGAGCUUCCUAUGCGCUGGGUCGCAGUCCGUAAUCACGACCGAUGAAUCGAGUAUUCAAUGUUUUAUUGGGUCUGUCUUACAAAGUCUGCGACAGAGUGGUUUUUAUUGGAGAGGAUUGAGCAAAGAAAGAGCAGAGUCCUUAUUAGCGAACUCACAGAUUGGGACAUUUCUUGUUAGGGACAGUUCACACCCAAUGUACUUAUUUACGUUGACUGUCAAAACUUUGAUGGGUGUUACGAAUAUUAGAAUUGCAAUGGAAAAUGGACGCUUUAGCCUGGAAAGCUGCACCUAUGAUUCAACGAAACUGCAUAGGUUCGAGAAUGUUCUCCAGUUGGUAACGUACUACAUACGUCUAUCCAGAGAAACUCGGAACACGGAUUCUAAGAAAGGCUUUGUAUGGAAAAAUGAACUAUAUCUUGAUAAACCCUUAUAUAAACGAGUAUGUAGUCUGCAGCACAUUUGCAGACGGACGAUUCACAGAAGUCUAAACAAAGGGGGAAUCUCGAAAUUACCAAUUCCAGAUAUGGCAAGACUCUACAUCUCAAAGCACCCUUUUCCUGUGUGACUGCUGACUUCAGUUUUCUCUUUCAACAUAUUCUCUUAAAUCUAUAUUAAUAUUAUUACUUUUAUUUUCAUUUUCGGUCUCUCUUGUUGGUGUCAUUAAUUUCAAUUCCAGGAACUCAAGAUGCUAAGAAUCAAUGUUUUUUUCUAUCAGAGUUAUACAAAUAUAUAAACUAAUUUUACUUGUAAGUAUAAAUUAUCUGAAUGACAGUGUAUAUAACAUGUAUUACUGGCCAAACUUGUACAGUUUGUAACUCAUAGUCCAUAUUUAUUUUAGUGGCAUUGCUAGUAGUACUUAAAUUGAAUGUGCUCUGAAUUAUGAAUUAAAACUGACAUAGAAAUAA